AAGCAUCCUCUGCAUCCAUUUCCUCGUCACUCCAUCUCCUCCAAGACUGACUUUCACUCGCUGAUCUGCUUAAAUCUCGUCGGUGCUACCAACAUGUCUGACAUCCAGGAGGCCAUGGCUCUUCUCAUAAAAACCUUUGACAAAUAUUCAAGAAAGGAAGGGGACGCUAACACUCUGAAUAAGGCAGAGCUGAAAGAGCUGCUUGAGAAUGAAUUUGGAAACAUGCUGGGGAAAGCCAAUGACAAGGCAGCACUAGACCGCAUCUUCGAUGAGCUGGACAGAAACAAGGACAACAGUGUGGACUUCGGCGAAUUUGUCAACUUGGUGUGCUGCCUCACUCAAAUGUGCCACGACUACUUUGGAAAGAAAAAGUGAUCCAAGCGCCAUCCAGUGGUCAGCACACAGAGGAACAAACACAACAGUUUCUCUCUUUUCAGCUGUUCUGAUAAAGGCUUACAUAUCUACUGCUUGAAUGCACUAAAAUACAUGUAGUACAUUGCAAAAUCAAAUAAACGCUGUUGUUCUUGUUUGAAA